AUGCAGGGAAGACGCACCGCUAAACAAUGCCGCGAGCGCUGGUCCCAAAACCUCGACCCCAAGCUCAAUCACGCUCCAAUCACACCGAAAGAGGGCGAGUUAAUCCGAGAAUGGGUGGAGAAAGAAGGGACGAAAUGGGCCGAGUUUUCUCGCCGACUCCCUGGCCGUAGCGACAAUGCCAUCAAGAACUGGUAUAACGGGAGCCACAACCGCGAGAAGAAACGUCUGGCAGGACGCACUGCUUCCGCUGCAGCGGAAGUGGAACUGGCACCACCAUCGGCCAUGCAACGACUACAGCCCCCGCAACUUCCCCACGGCCCGUCCAAUACUUACAUCCUACCGCCACCUCGGGGCCUUUACCCAGACAACAGUAUUCCAAGGAGCGCGUUUGCUCCGUCGCCACGGCCAGCAGCUUCCACGGCCAUGAUGGAGCGCCCGUCCAUGACUUUUACUCAACGACAGCCUUCUCUCGUGGCCGACGGCUACGCCAGCCCUCGGUCCGCCUUUCCCAGUGGACGCCCAUCCAUGCUUUCGCCCCACGAGGCAGAGCUCGAGGCUGAUGCCGGAGCCGCAAACUAUGUCAUGUCGCAGCGUUAUAACACACAAGAGCAUUCUCGGCUGCGCGUCGCCCUCCCGCCGCUCCAGGACUGGCCCCCGGAGGAUCAGGACGGGGUCCGCAACGUCCCGCGCACCCCUCUUCCUGGCGUCCACUGCUUGACGUUCACAUCAUCCCGCUCGGGCGCGGCCAUGCCCUCCCGUCGCCUGUCUCCGCCAAGUCGCCCUGAUGAGGCGCAGCUGCCAACGGCCCCUGGCUCGCCUGCUUACGGUCAGGAGCACGGUGCACAAUCUUAUGCUCGGAUUCCCCGUGAGGGUCCCGUGCCGCAAGCGCCACAGCGACCGGAGCAGCAACAGCAACGGGUCGACGAGUCGAAGAGCGUCAAGGACCCGCGGAUGCACCUGUCCAAGGUCCUCAGUUAG